AUGGCGCGUUCAGUUCUUCCGAUCACGGCCCCUCGCGGAGGUGCAGCGGCGUCAUCGUCUUCCCCGGUGGAUCAGUGGACGAAGCGGUUACAGGAGGCCCAGAGGCUGGUGGACGAGGUCGCCGAGCGGGUCACCGAGAGGGAGUCCGUGCCGCCGUCGCUGCCGCGCGAGCUGCAGCGCCGGACCGCCGAGAUCCGGCGCAAGGUCGCCAUCCUCGGGACCAGGCUCGACAUGCUCAAGGAGGACCUGUCUGAUCUCCCCAAAAGGCAAAACAUAAGCUUGAAACAGUUGGGGAAGCUCGCCGAGAAGCUCUCCGGUGUGAGUUCCAAGGCACAGGAGGUUGGCGGCCAGUUCACUAUGAAGUACUCCUCGGACAGGAACGAUUUGUGCGAGAAGAGCGCAAAGAUAGAUGUAAGCAGCAUUGCCAACAUGGACAACCAUGAGAUGGUCAAAUUGCAGAGGAAGGUCAUCAAAGAGCAAGAUGCUGAACUGGAGAUCCUGGAGGAGACUGUUACCAGCACGAAGCACAUUGCGCUCGCGAUCAAUGGGGAGCUGGACCUGCAAACUAAGCUCAUUGAGAACUUGGACGAGAAGGUUGAAGGCACAAGCAACCGUCUGCAGCGUGCGCUGAAGAGGCUGAAAGCACUCAACACGCGCAUGAGGAAAAGCAGUUCUUGUUGGGGCAUCGUGUUGUCGGUCGUUGCCGUUGUAAUCUGUGUUGCCAUAGUCUGGGCUCUGAUAACGAUCUAA